AUGAUGAGCCGCAAGUCUUCCCAUACUGUCACUGAGGUCCCACCCGGACACGUUACUUUCUUGAAGUCCGCUAACCCUGAGCCUUCCAGUGCUAAGCCUACGGAAGUAAGAUUGACCUAUGCAGAACGCCUCAAUCUCUAUAUGAAUCACCCUUGGGGUCUGGUCGACUACCACAUCUACCUCGCACACAUUGAGAGUGGUCGAGAUCGGAUCAACCGCUCAAAAGAGUGCCAUCUCCUCGAGAGUGACGGAUUUACCCAGGUGAGCCUCACUGAAGAGCUUACUUCCGAGAAGAUCCCCACAGGCACAACCCCAACAGUAAUAUUUGUGAGUAUCCCCGUCCCUAAGGUAGCAAACAAAUUCGACAACACCAGGCUGGUUUUAGGCUUUGAUCUUACAGCCUUCAAUCUACAGGGUUAUCUUGUCGAAUCUGAGACCCCCCUGGAUGGAUACAAGGACCUCCAUAAGGCAUGGAACAAGGGUCGUCUAAUUAUUAAUAUGCACGCUCACAAGUUCUUGGGUAUGGUAGACCACACUAUGCGGAAUGACAUUGAGAUCCUUGAUGUUGGUAUGCUCCGUCACUAUGGCGAGACUAAGCGUGAGUUCCAUGCUGGGUUUGAUAUGGUCAUUGCUAUUCAAUUCCUGCAGUUCCUGAGUGACCAUGCCGAUCUUCUUUUCGAGGAUAGCGAGUGGUUCCGUGAGACAUACACUUCUUCUCAGUAUAAUAUGCGCGAAAUGAUUGCUGCUAGCUCGCAUGGCUCGUGGUUUGCUGCUAACGACGGUAUGACUGUUGAGCAGUAUCGCCAGAAGGAGAGAAGGAAGGUUGUUGUUUCUAACUUGUUCUAUGGCCAGACUGUUGACAUUUUGGGACAAGCUGCUUCUGCUGAACAGAAGGCUGUUCCGGCUGAGGUUUCUAAAGUGGAUGCUCAUGCUAAGCUUAUCAAGCUAGGAGCCUGGCUUGCUUAA